GAAUUCUGUUUCCGUAUUUUCGUUUUUAUUGUGGUUCAUCACAACAACAAAUUCUAAGUAACUGGAGAGUUGCUAGGGAGAAAAAGCUGCUAGACCAUGUCGUUUCAACUGAACAUGCCACCUUCACUGGUGGCCAAGAAACUGAAAGAAGAACAAGGGAAGGAUGAUGACGAGCCUCGCAAACAGUCCAGAGAAGAAUGGAAGAAACAACGAGAGCUGGAGGAGAUGAGGAAAGCUGGUACUGCUCCAGCCAUGCAAGAUGAGGAGGGAAAGGACAUCAACCCACACAUUCCCCAGUACAUUAUGCAAGCCCCCUGGUACUUUGGUGCAGAAACAGCUACAUUAAAACAUCAGCGUCAACAACCAGAAAAACUACCAGAGUAUGCUCCCUUAGGGGUUGCAUUUAAAAAGGGUGUUAAAGAGGGUCCUGUAGCUGUCAAGUUUAGGAAGGGAGCUUGUGAAAACUGCGGUGCUAUGACGCACAAGAAGAAAGAUUGUCUCGAGCGGCCGAGAAAAAUUGGCGCCAAAUUUACUGGUGAAAAAAUUGCACCAGAUGAAUACAUUGUACCAGUUAUGAAACACGACUACGAUGGCAAGCGAGACACAUGGAACGGGUUCGAUCCAGAGGAGCACCAAAAAAAGUUGCAAGAAGAAUAUCGUGAAAUUGAAGAGGCCAAACGAACACUGAAAGAGAAAUCUUUGGAUGAAUCCCUGAUGACAGCUGAUGAUGGUGGGGAAAAGGAAUCUAAGGGAGGGGAGAGUGACGGGGAAGACAAGUACUACGCUGAGGAGAUGGACAUGCCUGGACAGAAGUUUGAGACCAAGCAGAGAAUCACGGUCAGAAAUCUGCGCAUUAGGGAGGACACUGCUAAAUACCUGUAUAAUCUGGACAUCAAUUCAGCCUAUUAUGAUCCAAAAACUCGAUCCAUGAGAGAAAAUCCUUUGAAAAACACAAGCAAGGAGGAUAUUACAGAACUUAAAUUUGGUGGUGACAACUUUGUGAGAUACUCAGGGGAUGCUCAGGACAUGGCUAAAAGACAAUUGUUUGCCUGGGAAGCCUAUGAGCGAGGCAAUGACAUCCACCUUCAGGCUGAUCCCACCAAGUUGGAACUGCUCCACAUGGAGUUUGAGAAGAGAAAAGGCGAGUUCAAGAAAACUGCUAAAGAUUCUAUCCUGGACAAGUACGGGGGGCAGGAGUACCUGGAGGCCCCGCCCAAACAGCUGUUGCUGGCACAGACAGAAGACUACAUUGAAUACUCUAGGACAGGAUCAGUUAUCAAGGGCCAGGAGAAAGCUGCCAUCAAGUCCCGCUAUGAAGAAGAUGUUUACAACAACAACCACAAAUCAGUUUGGGGCUCAUUUUGGAGAGAUGGGAAAUGGGGCUACGCUUGCUGUCAUUCCUACAUAAAGGAGUCAUACUGUACCGGGGAGGCUGGUAGGAAAGCUGAGGAGGAGAGCAACUUACUGGUCAUCCCAUCAGGGAGCAGAGCAACAGAGGAGCCAGCUCAAGCUAUACAACAGAAGCAAAAAAAGAAAAGUAGCAAGAAAACAAAACGGCAAGAAAAGAAGAAGAAGAAAAAAAAUAAAAAGGAGAGCAGUGAUUCAGAAUCUGAUGACAGUUCAACAUCGUCGUCUACGUCUUCAUCCUCAUCAUCAUCAUCAUCGUCUGAUUCCUCGUCGGAUGAGGAAGAAGAUGAGGACACCAGGAAAAAGAGACUGUUGAAAGAGGCCCUGGAGCAGCAGAAGUCACAUGACCAGAAGAUCAGCCGUCUGCUCCAGAUGGAUGAGAGAAAGCGGCCCUACAACAGCCUGGUGGAGGUCAGGGCCCCCACAGACGAGGAGAUGGAGGCCUUCCGUCUCAAGCAGCGACGUGUGGACGACCCCAUGGCCCAGUUUCUCAAUGAUUAAAUUUUAAACUGCUCUG